AUGGUCGUUGGCCUCACAAAUGCCUAUAGUGGGGUUGCUACAUUAAUUUGCCAAAGCGACCCAUUUCCACCGUUCUAUCAAGCCCGUUUGAUGCUCACUCUUGAAGAAGUGAGUUUUGUGAAAAAUGUGGCCAUCGAAUCGAAUGCUGCCAUGGUUGCUCGAAAGGUCAACGAUGUUACCCCCACCUACAUUUUCCCUUUAAAUCGGGGUAAUUUUGGUGGUAAAAAGACUGGACGUUACCGUCAUGGAAACAAGGGUCGUGGUGGGGGAUGUGGCGGAGGGAAAGCUGUCGACGGUGGUCAUGGCGAGAACAACGGGCGCAGUGGUGGUGGACAUUAG